GCGGUUGAAAAGAAAUUAAACAAAAUGGCAGCCGCGGAAGGCGUAGGACACGGCAGCGAGCUCGAGCAAAUUCAAGCCAGAUCCAGAGCUGUUGCCAACAAGACAUUGGACGCCACUCGCCAUCUAUUGGCACUUACUGAAGAGAGCAAGGAAGCAGGCAUACAAUGCCUUGUCGCUCUUGACGACCAGGGAGAAAAGCUGGAUAACAUCGAAAGGGGACUGAACGACGUGCAUUCCGACAUGAACACAGCUAAAGAGAGUCUCAAGCAGAUGGAGAAGUGGUGCGGGCUCUGCACACUCCCUUGGAAAAGAGGUCCCCCAAAAAACAAAUCGGACGACGCCGUUUGGAACGGCAAGAACGACGGCAAGGUGGUGGUGAGUAGCCAACCACCGCGAGUAAUGACCGACGACCGAAACGCUUGUGGACCUAUGACCGGAUACAUUGGCAGGAUAACAAACGACGCUAUGGAAGAUGAGAUGGAAGAAUGUAUGGUGCAGGUGAGCACCAACAUCGGGAACCUGAGGAAUAUGGCUCUGGACAUCAGCUCCGAGCUCGAAAACCAGAACAACCAGCUUAAAGGAUGGAGAUCAAGGCUGAUUCGAAUGUGGAAGAAUUGAAGAUAGCCAACGAGAGAGCGCACAAACUUAUGAAGAAUUAAACACUGCCCACGUUCAUCUACUGACAAUAACUUUUUAACCAAUAUUAUAUUGUAGAGCUAUUUAUGUCACCAUUUGAUAUCGCGUUUGAAAGUGAAGUCGCUAUUUUUAUACAAGUACCUAUACGAUUUUUAAGUUGCAGCAAGCUAAUAAUAUAUUAGAAAGGGCAUGCAACAUCUAUUCGUUUUUAAUUUAGUAAUUAAAAAUAAACAAAAUAUAAUUUAGGUUUAUUAUUCAUUUUAUUUAUUGAUGUAAUUAUUUCGUAAUUUGUGAUGGUUUAUAUUGUGUGGGUGC